AGAUUGAAAUAAAACUACUUAUGUUUUUUUGGCACAAAAAAUAAUAAUAGUUAAUAGUAAUAAAACUAGUCCUGUAUUACAUAUUGACCCAUUGUAAGACAGGUAUUCUCCACAAAAGAAUAUUUCUCUUCUACUACAAAAUUUAUACAAGUGGGAUUUGUAGCCAAUUACUUGGUAUUUUAUGGUUUUACAAUCUUUUAGAUGUUGACAAUAAUUAUAAUUAUCAACAAGUUUAACUUAUAAUAUUUUUAAAAAUAUUGAAACAAAAUAUGUAUGAAUCAUGAACUUUUUAAAUUUGGUACUAACAGCUCUUUUAAUCUGUAAAUAUUUUCUUAAUGUGUAAUACUCAAUCAACACCUCAUUAUUUUAAAAUAUCUUAUUGCACAAUAUAGAAUAUUAACUCCUUAGGUAAACUAACCCACUGUAAGCACUACAUAAAUAUAGAUAGAUACCUUAGAUUUUUUUAUUAUAAUGACAUUACUAGGAUCUGACAGCCUCCGUGACAUAGUUCAAUUGCAUGGGCAAUACAGCAAAUGCCCUUAGGUCUUGAAUCAUAAGUCAAGCAAAGUGAUAUUGGGAUUUUCAGCACAGCAUGAGCUGGAGUUUGAAAUUUGUGCCUGAUUUGACUAAUUGCUCACUAAUCACUAUCACUUAAUGGAACGGCACACAUGGUGUAAAUGGGUGCCUGCCCCAGUUGCAACUCUGCCUACCCCUUAGUAGAUAAAAUGGCAAACAAUGCUCUUCUGUUUGUAUCAAAUGCAGCAAAAGCUCAUAGCAUUUGCAUGAGAGCCUCAAAACUUGUAAGAAAUGUGCUGUAUGUGAAAAUUAAAAGCAAUACUGAGAAUACUCUGCCAGUGAUAAGUAGACAAAUUGUUAAUAUUUAUUCUAAGACCCAAAAUAAUUUAGAUGUAAGAUUGAUGUUAAGGUCAAGUGGAUCAGGUAAAGAAAUCAAGACAAAUUACCCAAUAGACCUAAUAUUAUAUGAGAAAGAUUUGCACAAAGAGGUGGAAAUGUUGAAACAAUCAGUUGUAACUCUUAAUUCGAAACACAGUUUACAAAGUAUAGAUACACAUGAUCUACCUGAAGUGGAUGAAAUGGACCAACCUGUGAAGACCUAUGACUAUGUGGCGAUGGGUGGUACUUUUGAUCGACUACACAAUGGUCAUAAAAUAUUGCUAUCACAAGCCGUGUUGCGCACCAAAAAACACCUGGCAUUAGGCAUCACUGACAUCAAUAUGAUACAAUCCAAAAAAUUGUGGGAAUUAAUAGAACCAAUUGAACAUAGAAUGAAAGUGGUUUUAAAUUUUUUAAAUGAUAUAAACCCUGAGUUGGAAUACAAUGUGUUCCCAUUACAGGAUCUCUAUGGACCAACAAAAGAUGAUCCUAGGUUUCAGUUGAUAGUUGUAAGCGAAGAAACAAACAAAGGUGCUCUUAAAAUAAACGAAAAGAGAAAGGAAAAUGGAUUAAAUCCAAUGGAUGUGCAUGUAAUCGAGCUGGCUCAAGAUACGCAUCCACAGCGCUCGCAUGAAGAGGAAGAGAAAGUCAGCUCUAGCAACCAAAGAAUGAGGCUACUCGGGACAUUAUUGAGGCCGCCUGUGCCCAAUCCACACAUUCUGGACUGGCCGUACGUUAUUGGUUUGUCCGGUGGUAUCGCCAGCGGGAAGAGCAAUAUUGCGGAAAAACUCAGGGCGAAAGGCGCGGGCAUAGUGAACUGUGAUAUCAUUGCGCACGAGUUGUACAAGCCGGGCCUGCCGCUCAACCACACCAUAGCGGAGACGUUCGGCGCCGAGGUCAUCACGGAGACCGGCGAGGUGGACAGGAAGAGGCUUGGACAGAUCGUGUUUGGGGAUAAGGAGCAACUAGAAAAGUUGAAUACCAUAGUGUGGCCGGCGGUGGUGGAAGAGGCGCAGCGGCGCGUGCGCACGCUGGGCGAGCGGGGCCACCGCGUGGUGGUGAUGGAGGCCGCUGUCAUGAUCCGCGCCCGCUGGUACCGCCGCUGCCAUCAGCUCUGGUCCGUCAUUAUUCCGCCGGAAGAGGCUAUAAAGAGGCUCCAAAAAAGAAACAAUUUAACAGAAGAGGAGGCUCGACAAAGAAUCGAGGCGCAACCCACAAAUCUUGAACAAGUGGCGCACGCAAACAUCGUGUUCAGCCCAUACUGGAGCUACGACUACACGCAGGCGCAAAUAGACAAGGCCUGGGACCAUCUGCAGGAAUACCUCCGACACAGGAAUUAAUGACAACUAACUAACGGUUCUGUACACGUUUGGAACUAUUAGUUUUUUUACUUUGCUAGACCACUGGUAACAAUUCUCCCAUAAGAAUCUGUAUUGUAUUAUUUGAUAUUCUAAUACAAUACAGAUACAAAUAGGGAUGUAUAUAUACAUCCCUAUUUGUAUUAUCCGCGGUAUUGGUAAGAAAUUUUGCAUACAUUUUUAAAAGUGGAAUUGAUUUAACAAUUUUAAAAACAAAUUGGCUAUUUGCCAUAUUCUAAAAAGCGGAAGAUUACAAGAUGUGUAAAACUUUAAUUAUAUACCAAAAAGGUGUUAUUUAAACAUUAAAUUCAAUUUUACUUUAUUAUCUAAAACCGACACACGUAAUUUAAUGGAUACACAUCCAAUUUAUAUAAAUACCGAAGUAGAGGAAAUAACUAUCGGCUGAUUACUACAUAACGAUCGUAUUCGUCAACUACGUAACCAAUCAAAAUAAGUCAUCUGUAAUCAUGUCAAAAUAAUUUUUGUCCUGAUUGGACAAUUAUUUGUCUAUUGAAAACGGUUCUUGAGGGUAAGCUCUUUAUAUGAAUAUAGUAAAUAUGAGAUGAUAGAACUAGUGAGCUAUUUACUGUAUUUGUCAUUAAAUUGGGUCAGGUUUUUUUAGGUGGAUACGUCGAAGAAUCCGCGGGACAUUAAUCAGUCCUAAUUCACAUAUUAAUAUCUAUAUAGAUAUUCAUAUGGAUGCUUCAUACUUCUUAUAGAAUACAAACGUCUAUAAUAAUAAUAUAUCCUGGUGGUGGUUUCGAAGCAAAAGAUCACAUUUUUCAUUAACAGGCUCAGUCAGUAGUGAUUUUGCGUUGCGCGAUUGAUAGCCUAUUGUAAUUUAAAUAAGUCGCAGGUCUUAUGUGUGAUGUAAAAAUAUAUAUAUUUCUGAAUUAAGACUCAAUUCAGAUUUAUUUAUUUAAAACUGUAGUAUGUAUACUGCCAUAAUGUGUUUUAAUGGAUCAUGCUACACACAUUCAUAUUUUAAUGAAAUGGGUAGGGUAUGUUGGGAUAAUACCGGAUCAUGGGUUAAUACCGAUGUUUCAAGAUUAGCAAUCUGCUGUUAGCAAUCUGUUAUUAACGAUCUAACUAUGGACAGCAAUGGUGGUACUAAACAUAGCACUAAGUUCAUUGUAUGUGUUAUUUGAUAAAACUAAUGUAUUAAGACAAAAAAAAAAAGUUUAAGAAAUCUUUAUAUUUAAAAAAAAGAUGAAACGGAAAAUUUCGUAGACAAAAUACUUAUGUUAAGAAAUACUUCAUUUUUUUGUCCAUAUUUGUUUCUAAUAAUUUUGAUCAUAGACAUAACUGAAUUUAUCCCAUGCUGCCGUGUAAAUAUUAUAAAUUAUGUACACUGGUGUAAGUAUUUAUUUAUUUAAAAACUUUAUUCUACACCAUAAAUAUUAAAGGAAAAACAAAUAUAUUAUAUACAUUGGUGGAAAUAAUUUAAACACCGGUGGUACAAAUGGCGGUCGUAUAUAUAUGACAAAGUAAAUAUUUAUAUCUCUUAUAUAUAAAUCAUCUUGCCUAAACAGUCGAUUAAUGAUCAUUAUUAUUAUCGAUUUAGCAAAAAACUAUUAUGUUUACAUAAAUGAUAUACUUAUCGAUAUUUAGAAACUUCUGCUUGAGACUGAACCUUAAGUAUAAGUGUUAUUAUCUACUUAUAUAAUGCAUUUUUAUUUCAAAACUUCAAUAUGUGUUUUUAUUUAUUUGUUAUGUUUCUUUAAUAAAAACUCCUAAUUUCAUAAUUUAAAUGGCUGUACAAUGUAAAAUAGUAUAUUAUGUAUAUCUUUGCCAUAUUGUGUUUAUUAUCAUUUAUCAAUGGUUAUUUACAUUUUUAGGUUGUUUUAUAGGAUUAAGUACUAUAUUGAUAUUAUAAACCGAGACUUUGUUUGUGAAAUUGCUUUUUUUUUAUUUGUAAGAAAUAAACGUUAGAGUCUGGCCAACGAGUCGUGUCACAAAAAUAUAGCGGCAAAUUAAAAAAAAAAUAUGGUUUGUAACCCCGUGAAGAUUAAAAAGAUGAGUUUAUCUUACAGUUAUAUUUUCUAUUUUAACGAUUUUAAAUAAAACCAUUAAUCACUAUCAAGUGAUUAAUGGUUUCAAAACAAUAUACCUUACCAACGCGGGUAAAUAUCAAUUUACCCGCGUUGGUAAGGUAUUUUGGUUUGAAUUUGCCGCCAUACUUUUAAUGCCACGAUUCGUUGGCCAGACUCUACUACUGACACACCGAACGCGGCAAAUUUAAGUACGUAAGUACCAAAGAGUUCUAAGAUUAUAUAGAACGGACAUUGGGAAGAUUGUCAUACAAACAUUUAGCGCUUAUGUGAUGGUUACUCAAUCUACCUGAAAUAGCAAAACAUCAAUGUAAUAUACUUCAUAGUUUUUCAUAUCAUGAUUUGCACGUUUUUAAUGCGAAUAUUGGCAUUUUUUCUGUAAAUAUAUUUGUAUUAAUAUCUAAGGAAGCUGUGACAUUUUUUCAUACGGACAUAUCAAAUAAGACAGCGACUUAUUACCAAUUGGCAAUAACCUUUGGAGCAAAAAUUUGGCGCUGAUGUCCGGUCUAUAACUAUCUAACGUCUUUGGUACAUUUAUUGUAUUUCAAACGAUAGAGUGGUUAUAAGACUUGAAAUUGCUAAGAUUUACCAAAUGUAAUUGUGUUGUAGUUUAUUGAAAUAAUAUAAUAAAUUAAUAUAUUUUCGUAA